CGCCGUCGGCCUCGGUCCCCUCCCUUCCAUUUCCCCGCCCGCCUGCCCGCUCCCCCGGAGCAGUUGGUCAGCAGACCCCGGGCUCGGGUCGGUAACAGGUGCAGCUCUGCGAACGGCGCGGCUGCAGGCAGGCGAUCGGGGCCUUAAAAGCCGAGAGUUUCCGCACACCUGAAGUCACUUGGCCGGGGCUAGACUUUUGCCACCAUUGGUGCGAAGCGAGGAUGCUUCAGGGAGUGUACUCGAGCUGAGCUGUCAAACGACAGUAAACCCCGGGCAGCUCUUUUUGCUCUCACAACCCCCCCCCCCCGCGCUUGCUUACUAAGGCAGCAGUAACAGAGUAGCCCACUGGCUUUAAGUUUGACGUUUGGGUUUGUUUGUUUGUUGUUUGUAGAUCCAGCCCGUCUUCUGUCAUGAAUUAGUACUCAGGUGUGUGCGCGCUUAGACGUGUUCUUUUCUGAAGCACUGUUUGGUCUCUCUGAGAACCGACGGUGGUCGAUGUAGAGUUGUGUCGUUAACUGUACUGCCUGAGACCUCACCACCCGGUUGAGCCCCGAUUGAGUUGGACUUGCUCUUGUCUACGCCUUGGGCCUUGCUUGCAGUAUGUGGAAAGUGUAAAGCCCAGUAACGUAAGGUCACACUGCCUGCAAGGAACUCCCAGCGUGUGUACGCAGGCUCGCCACCACACAGGAUAUCUACGAGGAGCUACCAUGGAAAAACCCUGGAUGCUGUGGAGCUUCAUUGAAAGAUGGCUACUAGCCUUGGCGUCCUGGUCUUGGGCUCUCUGCCGCAUCUCUCUUUUACCCUUGAUAGUGACUUUCCAUCUGUAUGGAGGCAUUGUCUUACUUCUGCUGAUAUUCGUGUCGAUUGCAGGGAUCCUGUAUAAAUUCCAGGAUGUCUUGCUCUAUUUUCCAGAACAGCCGUCCUCUUCCCGCCUCUAUGUUCCCAUGCCCACGGGCAUUCCACAUGAAAACAUUUUCAUCAGAACCAAAGAUGGAGUGCGCCUGAAUCUCAUCUUGGUAAGAUACACUGGAGACAAUUCCCCAUAUUCCCCAACUAUAAUUUAUUUUCAUGGGAAUGCAGGCAACAUAGGCCACAGGUUACCAAACGCGCUGCUUAUGCUGGUGAACCUCAAAGUGAACCUCGUGCUUGUUGACUACCGGGGGUAUGGGAAAAGCGAGGGAGAGCCCAGUGAAGAAGGACUGUGUCUGGACUCUGAAGCUGUUCUAGACUACGUGAUGACUAGACCGGACCUCGAUAAGACAAAGGUUUUCCUUUUUGGCCGCUCCCUGGGAGGAGCCGUGGCCAUCCACUUGGCCUCUGAGAAUUCUCACAGGAUUUCAGCCAUCAUGGUGGAGAACACGUUCCUAAGCAUACCACACAUGGCCAGCACACUAUUUUCCUUCUUCCCAAUGCGUUACCUCCCUUUAUGGUGCUAUAAAAAUAAGUUUCUGUCCUACAGAAAGGUCUCGCAGUGCAGGAUGCCUUCUCUCUUCAUCUCUGGCCUCUCUGACCAGUUGAUCCCACCCGUGAUGAUGAAGCAGCUCUAUGAGCUUUCCCCGUCUCGGACUAAGAGAUUAGCCAUUUUCCCAGACGGGACCCACAAUGACACAUGGCAGUGCCAAGGCUACUUCACUGCGCUCGAACAGUUCAUCAAGGAAGUGAUCAAGAGUCAUUCUCCUGAAGACAUGACAAAAACAUCAUCCAAUGUCACUAUUAUCUGAUGCCACCCUCUUGAUGGAUGCCUUGGGUUUCGGUUUGUGUACAGUGAUGAUGUCCUUUCCGGGUGUGUGUUCACGCUGGUCUGCACAGUGACUCUGAGUUUUAAGGGCCUCAGCACUCCAUUCUGAUGGUCCUAUAACUUUAUGUAUUUUUCAGAACUGGGCUUCUUGAGAUUAUUUCAUAUUCCCACCAGAACUUCCAGCCUGGUUACACACCCUUAACUUUAGUUUAAGAUGUCCGUUGAUGGAGUCCUUCCAAAAGUCUCUUGUUGGUUGAGUGGUAAGAUCUGGGUUGUAAUCAGAUGGAGACACAAACAAGAAACCUGCGGGUGUCAUCCCUUAAGUAAACAUUGGGACCGUCACAGUAAGCGAGCCCAGUGCUACUGCGUUUUCACCGUAAACAUUAAGAUGAAGUGCAUGGUGGUGUUUCAUUCUUGACUUAUGCAAUGCGAUAUUUUAAAUGUAAAUAAUACUGGUCACAUGCAAAUGUAUAUGGUUCCCUGGGUUAUAUCUAUUUUUAUGUAAACUCUAUUUUGUUUCUUGUGAGGAAUGAGUGUGAGGCCUGUGAGCAGAUUCCAUGCUCUGCUGCUGAGAUCCGGGUUUUUCCUAAUAAACAGGACCAUUUUCCAA